GGCUGCAGGAGAACACGUCUUUCUUUCAAGAGCCGAUGACGUACUUGCAGCUACGUACACAGUCUGAGCCCCAUCGCCACCUCCUCCUCCUCCUCCUGCUCUCCAUCCAUCCUCACCGUCGCUCCUCCUUCUUCACCGUGUGGACCUGCUCUCCUCCACCAUCCAUCUACUCCUGCGUUAGCUACGGGCCUGUGCUGCUUGUAGCUCAGAAGCGGACGUGUGUUUUUGCCUCCUCCGUCUGAUGGGGAUCGAGCCGAGGCUUCUGGGGAUGAUGGAGAUCUAAAGGAGGGGAAGAGGAGAAUCCCGAAUUCGUUGUCCACCUGCGAGCACCAUGCAACAGCUGAGAGCGUGGAGAGCUCUGCUCCUGCUGACGGUGGUGGUCCAGGCUGCACUGUCCGAGAAAUACGGUUGCCUAUUUGAGAGAACACUGUGCUCCAGGGAUCAGUUCUGCUCUGAUGAUGGCCUCUUUGGUCAGUGCCUCAGUUCCAAGCAGGACCGAGUCCAGUAUCAGGUGUCAGUCGCUGUUCUGAGGAGGAUGCAGGACGUCCUCAAGCAGCUCAUGCAACAAGGACUUUCCUGGCAGGACAAAAUUACCCAGUAUAUUUUGUCUAAGGAGUUGAAAAGAGUUCCUCACACCACACACCCAUCCAGGCCCAACUCCUCCUCCUCAUCUCCAACGUCCCUGUCCAAACAGCAGCCCUCCCACCAUCACACCUCCAAAUCCGGUUCCUCUGCUCCUGCUGAUAACUACCUGGACUACAUGAAUGUGGAGCAUCCGCAGUCCCUGCUUCAAAUGCAGACGGCGUCUAUCGACCCGUACACAUACCGACAGCAUCGGUACCAAGACGAGGUGGAGCGGUCUCUCAUCAGACCCGGGGGCGGUUAUGGCAGACCUUCGUCUUGGUCCCAGCCCAGUCAGAGAGAGCGUGACAGGCAGAUGCUGCAAGAAGCCUUGUCUCUCUACCUGUCGCCUGAUCAGCCUUCCUACCGCCACCGAGGCUCUGCCGCCAUGGUCCCUGCAGGUCUGCCUUACUAUGACGUCGCUGAAAUGGAGAUGCCGGUGGACUACGUGGGGAACUACCCGUUCGAUAGCAAACCAGCUGCUAGACAGCAAAACCCAAUUCCAAAUAAGACGCCGCAAUUCAGCAGCGUGUCUGGAGACACAGACGGCUUGCUGGACAGGAUGUCAGGAGUCCUGCAGAAGUAUGGCAUUUCCCCCAGUGAACUGAGCCAGGAACAGCUGUAUGAACUAGCCCUGAUACUACAGUUACUGCAGACCCAAGAUAAAGCAGAGCCAACAGAGAAAGAUCUCAUCAGCCUGAAAGAGAUUCAGAUGUCAAAGGUCAACACUGGAUCCAAAGCAGAGAAGGUCCUCUCUUCAGGUCGACCCGCUGCCCCUCAAGCCACCCCGGCUGCUGCGCUGUCUUCACCCGCUGUCAAGAGCACCGGCCUCCCAGCGACACCCUUGCAGCCUCCUCAGGCCGCACCAGGAGCUGCUCAAGAGCUAAGUGAGCAUAAGCCUCCGCAGGUGGAGGACGUGGGAGGAAAAGAGGAGUACGGAUACAUUUACACCAACCAGAGCCCUCUGAGUUUAUAUGAUGGAGUGAAGCUGCUGGAGCUGUUGGCGGAUAAGAUACACCUGAAAACCAGCAGCUUUAUAAACAUCAGUGUGGUGGGUCCAGCUUUGACGUUUCGUGUCCGUCAGAAUGAAAACAACAUGACAGCUGCGGAGGUGGCUGCUAAAGCAGUGUCAGAGAAGAACUUCCUGGAGUCAGAAACCGGCCUGAAAAUCGAGCAAGCAGGUGUCGGGGAGAGGACGGUUUCCAGGGGUCUCCCUCAUGUCAGCAAGGUCUCCCAGGGCUCCAGCGGAACGGUCAUCACCCUUGUUUCCAUGGCAGUCGUCGGCGCUGUGUUGGUCGUGGCCACAGCCAUAGCUUGUGUCAAACAUCACGCACAGCAUGUGGCCAACGGGAAAAUCGGUCUGGGGCCAGAGGGCGGGGCCGAAACCCACUUUGACUACCAGGAGCUGUGUCGGCAGCACAUGGCUUCCAAAUCGUCUCUGUGUCGCCAGGACUGUGUGGCCGGGGUCAGCAGCGGAAUGGCCGGCACCGCGAUGGGCCCGGGAGCCGGGGGUCGACGGGGGACUGACACCUCCAGGGUCAGCAGUGUCUCAUCCCAAUUCAGUGACGGACCCCAACACAGCCCGUCGUCCACCCACAGCUCCACCCCGUCCUGGAGCGAGGAGCCCGCUCAGUCCAACAUGGACAUCUCCACCGGUCACAUGAUACUAGCCUACAUGGAGGAUCACCUGCGCAACAAGGACCGUCUGCUGAAGGAGUGGGAGGCGCUGUGCUCCUACCAGGCCGACCCCAGUUCUGUGGCCGUGGCCCAGUCACCCAGGAACAUGGACAAGAACAGAUCAGCUGACUCCCUCCCCUAUGAUCAUUCUCGUGUGAAGCUGAAAGCCGAGAUGAACUCCAGCAAGCAGGAUUACAUCAACGCCAGCAUCAUUUUUGACCAUGACCCGCGACAGCCCUCCUACAUCGCCACCCAGGGCCCGCUGCCUCACACCGUGGCAGAUUUCUGGCAGAUGGUUUGGGAGAACGGCUGCACCGUGAUCGUGAUGAUGAGCGCGCUGGCUGAAGACGGAGAGAAGCAGUGUGAGCGCUACUGGCCCGAUGAGGGGUCGUCUCUCUACCACAUCUACGAGGUGAACCUGGUCUCCGAGCACAUCUGGUGUAAGGACUUUUUGGUGCGAAGCUUUUACCUGAAGAAUGUACAAACCCAAGAGACAAGAACUUUGACUCAGUUCCACCUGCUGAGCUGGCCGGCCGACGGCAUCCCCACCUCCACCCGCCCUCUGCUGGACUUCCGCAGGAAAGUUAACAAAUGCUACAGAGGUCGCUCCUGCCCCAUUAUCGUGCAUUGCAGUGACGGCACCGGGAGAACCGGCACCUACAUCCUGAUCGACAUGGUGUUGAACCGCAUGGCUAAAGGAGUGAAAGAGAUUGACAUCGCUGCCGCACUGGAGCACAUCAGAGAUCAGAGACCAGGUUUGGUUCGCACAAAGGAUCAGUUUGAGUUUGCGCUGACGGCCGUCGCCGAGGAGGUGAACGCCAUCUUGAAAGCUCUCCCACAGUGAAGAUGCACCGAAGAACUGGCUUUGAAAAGCGAUUGAAAAACAGACACACCCCCGGGACGCAGAGUUUUAUAAUCAAUGUAUAUAACAAUUCAGUCAUACUUGAUCUUAAAUCCAGCAUGAUUCUUUCCACAACGGCUCAGGUUCCUGAUGAAUUCCUACAAACUCUGCAAGACACUUAAGAUUGUCAGUAAAAAAAAAAAAAAGAAAAAGACUGGUGAUGUAUCACCAUCCCGGCGCCGUCUAGCUUCUCAUCGCCCCCAAAGUUUUCAAUUCGCCUUAUUUAACAGCAUCGUCUGUCACUUUGAAGCUGUUGGUUCUUUCUCCGUCACUGCGUCAAAUCGUCGUAUUACCUUUGAUUGAUGUGUGGUCCAUGUAAAUAAGUCACCCAAACCAGUGUCUUGAGUUCAUGUAGCAGACAAAUAUCUAUAAAAAUGUAUUUUUGACCUCAGAAGAAUAAAUCUGUGAUGUGAUGCAGCAAGAAACUCGUCGUCUUUUGUCCAGUAGAACAA